CGGAAGAUAAUUUUCCUGGUUCAAUAUUUCGUCGUAAUAUUUAUAAGAUCCGUUGCUAAGAACUCUGUCGAUCGAAUGAUCGGUGAAAAUGACGAUAAGCUUUCAACAAGCGAUAAUGAAUGCAAUAAAUAACGUUUGAAAACAUUUUGAUAGCGUUUAAGAACGAUUUUGAUCGAAGUAUAAGAGAUUUCUGUUUUUUUUUUUUUUUUUUUUGAAAAACAGAUUAUUAAAGUUAAACGAGGAUACGUUCAAUGAAAAGCUCUACGACUUGCGACCAGUUUGCUUAUUACAGGUUGAAGUUUUGUCUGUUUUUUUCUCUUACCAUGCUAUUUUACGAUUUGUUUAUAAAGAAACAUUCGAUAAAUUGGUUUAGCGUGUUGAAGAUAAUAGGCGAAACUGUUCCCUAUCUUCAAAUGCGCUAACAUUUCACUCACGAACGCAAUAUACACGUUUCUUCAAAUUCGCCAUUUCUCCAAGCUGUGUUCGGAUUUUCGUUGAUUAUCUAACUUGCAAUUUAGCUGAACAUCAUUACGAAAGAGCGCUUGGAUUUCGAUUAUCGCAUCAUCCUCUUAACUCAUUCGCUAGAAAUAUAUUCACAUCAGUAUUUCGUUUCACUGCUCACUGAAAAGCAGUUGGAGUUAUCAUUAGAUUACGGUCGUUACAGUAUUGCAUUAUAAAAUCUGCAACGAUGCAUUCCAAAACGACACAACGUCGUUACUCAGAUGUCUCAUGGCAUUAGAUAUCUUCGUAACCCGAGCAAGGAAGCAGUGUUUGCGAGACGACGCAUGCACGAUCGCAGCAACGUGUUCGAAAAAGUAACGAACGAACAGCACUCAUCGCCCUGCUACUUUCUAAUCGACUUCCGAAAAGUAGGAGUUUAUCUUUUCCAUCUCGUCAGUAGAAAAUUUUCCAUUUCCUUAUCUUUCCUUUCUCUCUCAAACAGAACGAUCCGAGUCGGUUCGAAAUUCUUGGCCAUACUGUUUCAUGGAAGAUCAAGUCGAAGAUCAGAGGAUAAGACGUGAGAAACUCAAAUCCUCCUUUUCUUUUUUUUUUUACAUUUCCAUUUACAUUCUACGAAUAGACCGCUGAAGUUCACGUAGAAGUGACAUCUGGCAAAUACUUAGUAAAUACGCAAAAUGUAUCAGAAGUAGAUACUGUACGGGAGAAAUUAUCUAAUCAGAUACAAAAAUAGACAAUUUUAUACAAUUUCGUUAGUAUAUCUUACAGUAGCUUUUAUCUUAGAUAUCACUGCGAAUAGACCGCUGAAGUUCACGUAGAAGUGACAUAUAGCAAAUACACAGUAAAUACGCAAAAUGUAUCAGAAGUAGAUACUGUACGGGAGAAAUUAUCUAAUCAGAUACAAAAAUAGACAAUUUUAUACAAUUUCGUUAGUAUAUCUUACAGUAGCUUUUAUCUUAGAUAUCACUGCAAUAAAAUCGGUACUAUCUUCUAAACUCGCGUAAUCGCCUAUCGUACACCAGUGACACACACUUACACGUAUGUAUUUCGAUCGCCAACAUUACAGCAAUAGUUAAUAAUAAUUACUCAUAACAACAAAUUAGUCACAUCCUAGUCGUUAUAGUCUAUAAUAAAGCUAUUGAACAAGCUACGAUAAACAAGUGAUCUAAUUUCCGGACAAAUACUGUAUACGUAAUAAAUAUGCAGGAUAGAAAAUACGUUUCUAAAACAUACUUCUGUCCCAUUUAUUUAAUCCGUUCUUAUAAAAAUUUGUCUAAACUUCCGCGUUCUACGUAACGAAUAAUAAAGGUAGAAGAGGAAGCACCACGUGGCGAUCUGCGCGUAGAACAGGGUCCUCCGGAAGCUCGGUUACAGUCCUGCAGUCCCUACAGUGUUGAAUUGCAUGAUCAUCGCUUCUUUAUAAAGCAGCGAAUUAAAAUGUUGAGAACAGAAGGUGCUAAGUUGGUGAUACGCGUUGAAGUAGAGAACAGAGCUUUGUUCGUUGCAGCAGUCGGUUGUUUAGAAGAUCGUUUCUUUUUUCCUCGGCUGUCGCUUCUUAAAAGAUGUUGUUCGUGCAGUGGAGGAUCUUACUUCCGGUCUUCUUCAGCUCGCAAGUAGUACUUGCAAUAUUUGCGGGUACAAAGGAACAUAUGACGGCCUACAAACUUUGCACGAAAGUCUGCAUUCCGGGAACCAUUUUGAACUUUAACAAUACAGGCCUGACAAGAAUCGGAGACGUUUUCGCUAAUACCUCGGACAUAAGGGAGUUGUAUCUCGACGACAACAAGAUCGCGUACAUUUCUGAUAAAGCGUUCGACCUGAUGGAAGGGCUGGAAGUUUUGAGUAUCUCCGGCAACAUAAUAUUUCUGGAAGAAUUGUCGUGGCUCCGCUACCACGCAACAUUGCGGAGUCUGAUUAUAAACAAUAACAAGUGGAGAUCCAAGUACGGCGAUAAAGACGACAUCAGCAUCCCAAACACAUUUGGAUAUUUUCCGGCUCUGGAAGUCUUGUCGUUAAGAGGUGACAAUAUUUCUCAAUUCGACGUUCCCCUUGACAAAUUCACGCCUAGACUAAAGAAAUUGGACUUGUCGGAAAAUUACAUCCAGUCGUUCAAAUUCCUCGACAAUCUACCGGAAACCAUGGAGAUGCUCCUGUUGGAAAAGAACGGAUGCCCGUGCCAGGUUCGAAAGCUUCCGGCUAACAUCAGAGUUCUGUUUCUGAACGAAAACGGAAUAACAGAAUUGUGCGGUGCACGUUGCACGCACUCGCACUCGCUGUCGUUAAAAGAACUCAAGUGGUUGAAUAUUCUGAACGUGUCCAGCAACAGUAUCAACAGCAUAGAGAGCGACGCAUUCAAGGAUACAAUACACGUGCAAAUGAUAGAUCUAUCCCAUAAUUACAUAGGAUCGGUGGCGGAACACGUUUUCCGGGGACUGUCUAGCCUGAAGGAACUUCGCAUGAGUCACAAUCUGCUGCAGAUUGUGCCGAAUAUGGGCUCGUUGAAUAGCUUAAGAUACUUGGAUUUAGCCAACAAUUACAUCGAGGAAGUGACGAAUUUGAACUAUUUGAAGUCGAUCGAGACGCUAGAAUGGUUGGAUUUAUCGAAUAACCGCAUCAAAGUACUUCCCACGAUGCUAAUUUACCAUACAAAAUCCUUUGAAUGGAAUCUUUUGCUGAAAAAUAACAGUAUCGUGAACAUCGAUGAUCUGUUUACGGAUAAGUGUUUGGAAAUACAGCUUAUAUUGCAUCUUCAGAACAAUCCGUUCUCGUUCUUCAAAUUCAACACGUUAAUGGUACACACGAAAGAACCUGUGCUGCCUAGCGUAGAGAGCAACACGAUAUUGACCGAGAGUUUAGAAGAAUUCGCAAUAGAUUCUGAGGAAAACUAACGAUCUCGAUGCCGAUAUAUCUUCUCAUCUACGUUUCGUAUACUGUACCAGAUGAUCUCGAGGAUUUCACGCGCGAGUUUCUACGUGGUUUUCAACGGGGCGACUAUUCUUCACACGACUGAAAUUCGAGAAUCCAGCAACAAGAAGAAACGUAGAAGAAGAAGGUUCGUCGACAUUUUUACAUUUUUCAUUUUUAUUACCAUUGCCGUUAUGUUUCAAACAUUAACGUUAUUGUUGUUCCAUUGCAAAUACAACGUCUUUGUAUUUUGUAAACGAUUCAUAUAAAAUAAAUAUUCGCAGUACGUCAA